AUAAUAUCAUGAAGGAUACCAUAAACACACAUCCAAAAACCAUUAUUAUUCUAACCGUCUCCACUUUCGUUCACCUAAUCACCUUUCCUCUGAAAGUUUUUCGACCACUGCAUGCAGAGCCGUGGUGGCACAGGGCACUAGCAGAGGCCAAGUGGACAAAAUUUUGACUGAGCAACCAAACACUUUUUGCACGCUUUACCCAAAAGCCUCACGGAAAGUUUUUGUUUUGUAAUUGUUCAUGUUGGUUUCUGACUCACUAGGGAAUAGUUUGGCGCUGUCUUUGGAUUUUCUCUCCUGGGGCGCCCUUCCGCGAAAUCCCCCAAACUGCGAUUUCUUCCAUUCAAGUCCAUUUCACAGUGAUUAAAUCAACUGGAUUUCUCCUUGUAAUCAUUUUCCAGUCUAGCCUGUUUGGGUUCUAAGCAACUGGGCAGGCACUUGAUUCGAUCGAAUUCCCAGAAAUCGUUGAUCGUUUUGGGGGCUAGAUACAGUUGAUUAGAAGGCUUCAGAGUUUUCUCCUGUCUGGACAUACCUCCACCAAACAUGGUAACAAGAACAGUUGAUCUCCGUUCGGAUACUGUCACCAAGCCUUGCGAGGCGAUGAGAGCUGCAAUGGCAAAUGCUGAGGUUGAUGACAAUGUUCUAGGGAACGACCCAAGCGCCUUGAGGUUGGAGACCGAGAUGGCGAGAAUUACGGGCAAGGAAGCCGCGUUGUUUGUUCCAUCCGGGACGAUGGGCAACCUCAUUAGUGUGCUUGUGCAUUGCGAUGUCAGGGGCAGUGAAGUAAUUCUAGGAGACAAUUCCCACAUCCACAUUUACGAGAAUGGCGGUAUCGCAACGAUUGGAGGUGUCCAUCCAAGGACAGUAAAGAACAAUGAGGAUGGAACUAUGGAUAUAGAUGUGAUUGAGGCCAAGAUAAGAGACCCGAGAGGGCAGCUUGUUUAUCCAACUACCAGGCUCAUCUGUUUGGAGAAUUCACAUGCCAACACUGGCGGGAGAUGCCUAUCUGUGGAGUACACAGACCAAGUAGGAGAAUUGGCAAAGAAGCAUGGGCUGAAGCUUCACAUUGACGGGGCUCGCAUUUUUAAUGCAUCAGUUGCUCUGGGAGUUCCUGUUCAUAGGCUUGUACAAGCAGCAGACUCAGUUUCGAUUUGCUUAUCAAAGGGUUUGGGAGCACCGGUUGGAUCUGUUAUUGUAGGUUCAGAAAGUUUCAUUUCAAAGGCUAAGAUUCUCAGGAAAGCUCUAGGUGGCGGGAUGAGACAGGUCGGCAUCCUUUGCUCUGCUGCAUUAUUUGCAGUUCAAAACAAUGUUGCAAAGCUAGAGAAUGAUCACAAGAAUGCGAAGACACUAGCUGUUGGGCUUAAUGAAAUCAACGGACUGAAAGUGAAUGUCUCCACUGUAGAAACAAACAUCAUAUAUGUCGAUUUAGAGGAGAGCUCCAAUCUCACAGCAGAAAAGCUGUACAAGAACUUGCAGCAACAUGGCGUGGUCGUGAUGUUAGAGGGUCCGUACAGCAUAAGGAUUGUCAUUCACCAUCAAAUCUCAGAAACUGAUGUGCAGUACACGCUCUCGUGCUUUAAGCAAGUUUUAAAUGGCGCCAACGUGCACAGCGAAAACGGUAACUAGAGGUGGUGGAGGAAGAAGAAGAAGAUGAAGAAAUUGGCCUCCUCCCAUUUCCCCAUUAUCUGUCUUGUCAUCCCAUCUAAGUCCACCGGGGAAAAUGUCGACCAUACUGGGAAAAGAAAUUGCAUUUUACUUUGCUAUGACGGUGACCUUUUAGCCUCUCCAUUGGACAUGUGUGGGAGAGGUUGUGUUGUGUUAUGUUUUCGUUCAACUGUUGUAGACUUGUAGAGCUGUUUCCUCUUUGGUCCUGAAAACACAGGGAUAGCCUGAUUCAAUUCACCGCCCCAACAUCUGCCGUUUUGCAGGAACGAUCAAUCCUUAACUAGAUCAUGAUAGUUUGAAUUAAUUGCUCACAUAAAAGCGUUCUAGCAUGUCUCAUAUAGCCUGUGAAAAACAAGUAACUUGACAUUAUGUGCCAUACAUGAUCCGCAUCGAUUCAGCUAUAAUGAGUCUCC